CAUUUUGUAUGGAUAUGCUUUCUGUUGGGAGAUAGACAUAAAUCUCUCUCUAUUUACUCACUUUGUUCUAUGAUAUAUCUUUUGACAUUAAAUCGCCGCUCAAUAUAUCUUUGAUACAUUUACGAAACCUGAGUCCAGCCGGGUAUAUAACACACACGUCUUCUCCUUUUUUUUCUCAGAUAUCAGUGAAGACAGCCUCUCUUUUGUAGGGCUCUUGGCUUUCUCUGCCUGCCUUCCCACUCUCUUUGCCCUUUCCAGUUGUCUACGACCCCAUCUUUUUCACCACCGUCUCUCUUCUUCCUCCCCUAGCCGCCCACUGUACAGCCCCUUGUUCCCAACCUCCCCCGUCUCCGCCGUCAGAACUCGGAAGCCGUAAGUCAUGUCCUUGCUUGCGACACUCAUUGUAUCUGUGUGAGAAAGAGACGGGAGAGGAGCUUACACCGAGAGAGAUGGGCGUGCAAGCAAGAAUUCUCCAAUCUAGUCCCUAAAUUGCUCUCGUAGAGUACUUGUUGGUGGUACAUAUAUACUUGUAGUGUAGGAGGAGAGGGAGAAACUAGUGGGAAUUGGAAGGAAGGUGGUGUGGUGGUGGUGGCGGCCAUGCAGCAUCCCGAGCAGGGUGGCGCCGGGUACCCCUACGGGCCGCCGCUUACAGGGAUGGCCCCGUUGUUGCCGCAGCCGGCAUCCGCGACCGUGCCUGUCAGCAGCAUCCCGUCUCCGCGGCCGCCGCCGAUGCAGCCCCAGCCGCAGCCAGCGGGGACGAACUUCGACCAAUUGCCAGCCGCGCGUGUCAGCAGCAUCCCGUCUCCGACGCCGUCGCCGAUGCAGCCGCAGCCGCAGCCAGCGGGGACGAACUUCGACCAAUUGCCGGCCGCCGGCCCCGUCAGCGGCGGCGGCAGCGGCGCCGUCAGCUUCCACGACGACGAGAACACGCCGGUCGACGCCGGAAGCGGCAGAAGCGCCGGCGACGCGGGGGCGGGAGGGUCCGGCAGCCGGUGGCCGCGCGAGGAGACGGUGGCGCUCAUCAGGAUCCGGUCGGAGAUGGACGGCGCCUUCCGGAACGCCGCCCUCAAGGCCCCCGUCUGGGAGGAGGUCUCCAGGAAGCUUGCGGAGCUGGGCUACCGCAGGAGCGCCAAGAAGUGCAAGGAGAAGUUCGAGAACGUGGACAAGUACUACCGCCGCACCAAGGAAGGCCGCGCCGGGCGCCAGGACGGCAAGAACUACCGCUUCUUCGCGGAGCUCGAGGCGCUCCACGCCGCGGCCCCGCAGCAGAACCAGCCGAUGGCGACCGCCGCGACAAUCUUGCCAGAUCCUCGGCCGUUGGCAAUGGCGCCUGCCUAUCCUGGCGCUGUCCUGCCGGACCUCAGCUUGUCGUCGAACUCGGAGUCAGAGUCGGACGACGAGUCAGACGAUGAGGAAGACCAGGCGGACGGCGGCGGCGGCAGGAGCAACGAGAGCAUGAUGGCGCUCUUCGAGGGGAUGAUAAAGCAGAUCACGGAGAAGCAAGACGCGACGCAGCGGCUGUUCCUGGAGACGCUUGAGAAGUGGGAGGCCGACCGCACCGCGCGGGAGGAGGCAUGGCGGCGGCAGGAGCUGGCCCGCAUAAGCCGCGAAAGGGAGCAGCACGCCCGGGAGCGAGCCGCCGCGGCCGCCCGCGACGCGGCACUUAUCGCGUUCCUCCAGCGCGUCGGCGGGAGCUCCGUGCUGCCCACACCAAUGCCAGCCCACACGGCGCCUCACCCGGACGCGCCGGGCGCCUCGCUCCAGCUGGUGGUCGCGGCGUCGGAGGAGGGCGGCCGGCGAGGAGGGGAGAGCAGCGCGGGCAUGUCACGGUGGCCCAAGGAGGAGGUCCAUGCGCUGAUCCAGCUGCGGAUGGAGAAGGACGAGCACUGCCAGGACAUGGGGGCCAAAGGGCCGCUGUGGGAGGACAUCUCCGCCGGCAUGCGGAGGAUCGGCUACAACCGGAGCUCCAAGCGGUGCAAGGAGAAGUGGGAGAACAUCAACAAGUACUUCAAGAAGGUGAAGGAGAGCAACAAGAGGCGGCCCGAGGACUCCAAGACGUGCCCCUACUUCCACCAGCUGGACGCUAUCUACCGCAAGAAGCAAUCUGCCGUGAGCAACGCCGCCGCCGGCUGCUCUAGCACUGCCUUCGGGAACGCUGUGGGCGCGGUCAACGCCUCCGCCUCCGAGCAGCAUAACCCCUGGCGCGAGCUCGAGGGUAAGAUCAGCAACGACUUUGACAGGAGGCACAGCGUUGGAGGGGGGAGCUCAGAUGCCCCGCCCGGCGACGGCGAGGUGGCCGCGGCCAGCACCGUGCUUGAUGCCAUCGCUACAAACAAGUCUGAAGACAACGUGAUGGCAAUGGAGUCAAACAUUCAGUCCCAGCAGACGGAGGUGACGGCGACGGACGAGACGGACAGCGACGACAUCGAAGGCAACUACAGCGAUGAUGGCGACGACGACGGCGACGAGGAUGACAAGAUGAAGUACACCAUAGAGUUCCAGAAGCACAAAGAAGGCGGAAGCGGUAGCGCCCCUGCUGCCCCGGCGACAGCUGCGACGGUGGUGACGAGUUCGGCCCCGACAGGCAGCACCUUCCUUGCCGUUCAGUAGGCGCCCGUGCCGAAAGAAAACCAGGCACCAGCUUCCUCUUCGGUUCAUGAGCACCAGCAGCCCUUGGCAACAUCCUAUACCAUUUGUUGAUUUGUUUCUGUAAUAGCAACCUCAGUGGUCAAAAGACAAAAAGAAAACCAAACCGAAAUAAGUGGCUCCCCUCUGUGAUUUCAUAAGUAGACUGGAAAACAGGGGAGGUGCUAGAUCAAUAGAAAUCCCAAACAGCAAGUCUUUUUUAUAGGAGGCUUAUUAUAGCCUAAAUUUUACCAUUUAUGUACAUUGAUAUAGCAUUCUGAAAA